CAGCUGCAGCUCAUCUGAUGCACUGACAUGAUACAGACACCCUGAAACAGCAGCAUCAGCAACACUGCAGAGAUGUUUCUGCUUGUAUUUUAUCUGUGCUUGGGCAUCGUUAACGGAAUUAUACCCGAAACAUCCAAAACAGCUGUGGACAUCAUUGCCAAUGUGGAGACAAAGAUAUUAGAAGAAACGACGCUAAACGAAAAGGUGGAGGAACUGAGCGAGGACACGCAGCAGAAACUGGACGACGCAGAGCAUUUGAUGGACAAUGCAACUGCAGGACUCAAUCCAAACGUCUCCUCAAAUCCUCAGAAUGAAAGCAGUAUGGAAAUCAAUGCCGGGAAUCAAUCCACUUAUAUUACUGAAAUGACUAAUAAGACAACAGACAAUAUAACUGAUGAGAUGACCAUUUCUAGAGAGACACAGUCCAGUGAUGCAUCAAACAGCAUUGAUCAUGAGUGUGUCAUUGAUGAAGACUGCGGGGAGGGCAAGUUUUGUCUGUAUGAAACACGCAUCUCCAAGUGUCUGCCCUGCAAAGAGCUUGAUGCGACAUGUUCAAAAGAUGAAGAAUGUUGUGCAGGACAGAUGUGCGUGUGGGGUCAGUGUGCGCAAAACAGCACGAAGGGAGACGCGGGUACCACCUGUCAACACCAGAGUGACUGUAAAGAGGAUUUCUGCUGUGCCUUACAUAAGGCCCUGUUAUUUCCAGUGUGCAUUCCUAAGCCAAUAGAACGUGAGCGCUGCAUCAUUUCAGCCCAUCAUCUGAUGGGGUUGUUGUCAUGGGAUAUGGAUGUGGACGGUCCUCAAGAACACUGUCCUUGUGUUGGUAAACUACAGUGCCAACAUUUGGGGCGGGGUGCUCUGUGCUUAAAAAGUCUGAACUCCAGCGAGGAAGAUCUCGCUGACGAGCUAUACUCAGAGGUGGACUACAUCCUCUAGUGAGAAUCAACCUGCAUUAAAAGCAAGAUGAAGGAAUAUGCACGCUUCAACAUUGCCUUUAAAAGUUUUGCAGGACACCACUAUAACCAUCCAAACCUAUACAGGAGAAAUAAAACGCUGCUUUGGAAGUCUUAAUCUCGUAUUGAAGAGCAACACAGCAAGUGUAUACAGCAAGACUGAUGAAGCAUAAUAAAUUAUAAUGAGAUUCACUUCAUCUUAGGUAAAUGCAAUAGUGAUGCCAAGAAUUUCACUCUCAUGUAAUCUUACUUUGACUCGCUUCAGAAAAUAAAGUCAAUAAAACCUU